AUGCGGGCUGCCCCUGGCCACUGGCUGCCCCUCGCCACACUCCUGCUCUGCCUCCUCCUGCAGCAGCUGGGCAGCAGCAGGGCAUGGAGGCAGCAUGCCCCACGCCUUCGCCUCACCUACAAAGACCUGCUGAAAUCCAACAGCUCUCGCCUGCUGCUGGCCUCAGGGGAUGGGAUGGAUUACCAAGCCCUCCUGGUGGAUGAAGACAGGGCCUGGCUGAUGGUGGGAGCAAAAAAUCAUAUCUUCCUUCUCCACCUGGACCAUCCCAGCAGGGAGCCUGAGAAGAUUUUCUGGCCAGCCCCCAAGGAGCAGGUCAAGCACUGCCAGCUGGCAGGGAGGAAUGUGGAGACCGAGUGUGCCAACUUCAUCCGCCUCCUCCAGCCCUUCAACCAGAGCCACGUGUUUGCCUGUGGCACCGGCUCCUACCAGCCCGUCUGUGCCUUCAUCCAGCUGGGAGCCAGGGGGAAGGGUUCCAGGGCUCCCCGCAUGCAGUUGAUGACCCACUCCUUGGAAUCGGGGCGAGGACGAUGCCCCUACAGCCCCCACGAGCCCUUCACAGGACUCCUCCUCGGUGGGGAGCUGUAUUCAGGCACUUCCAGUGACUUCAUGGGCAGCAGUGCUGCCUUCUUCCGGACCUGGGUCCAUGGGGCCGAGCAGAGCUACAUCCGCACGGAGCAGAACCAGGACCACUGGCUACAUGAGCCCACGUUCAUUGGUGCCUACGCCAUCCCCGAUACCUACAACCCCCACGAUGAUAAAGUCUACAUCUUCUUCCGUGAGACUGCCAUGGAAGCUGGGCAGUGGGAGCGGCGGCACAUCCAUGCCAGGGUGGCCAGGGUCUGCAAGAAUGAUGUUGGAGGGAAGCGCAGCCUCAUCAACCGCUGGAGCACGUUCCUGAAGGCCCGCCUGGUGUGCUCCAUCCCGGGGCCUCAGGGCACUGAGACCCACUUCGACCAACUGGAGGAUAUUUUCCUCCUGCACACCCGGGAUCCCCAGAACCCCCUUGUCUUUGGGCUCUUCACGGUCUCCAGCGGUGUCUUCAGUGGCUCUGCCGUCUGCAUCUACUCCAUGGCUGCCGUGAGAGCUGCCUUCAGCGGCCCCUUCGCACACAAGGAGGGCUUCGACUACCGCUGGGUAGAAUACAAGGGGCGUGUUCCCUACCCCCGCCCCGGCACGUGCCCCAGUGAGACGUACGACCCCCUCCUGCAGUCCACCAAGGACUUCCCCGACGAGCUGAUCAGCUUCAUGCGCAGCCACCAGCUGAUGUGGGAGCCCGUGUACCCGCAGGGCCGGCAGCCCGUGCUGGUCCGGGUCAAUGUGCCCUACCGGCUGCGGCGGCUGCUGGUGCACCGGCUGGACACGGAGAGCCGGGACUACGACGUGCUCUUCCUCGGCACAGAUGACGGCAAAAUCCUGAAGGUGGCCCUGGCCGGAGGAGUGAGCCGUGGCCCCGAGGUGAUCAGCCUGGAGGAGAUCAGCGUCACUAAGGUACCUUCUCCCAUCCUGGACAUGAAGUUAUCACCAAAGCGGCAGGAGCUGUUUGUGAGCAGCACCCACGGGCUGCUCCAGCUCUCCCUGUACCGCUGCGAGCUCUACGGCAGAACCUGCACCGACUGCUGCCUGGCCAGGGAUCCCUACUGCACCUGGGACAGCAAGAGCUGCGCCCCACAGCUGCUCACCGAGAAGAAGCGUGCCCGCUGCCAGGACGUGCUGGAGGCUGAUCCCCUCAGCCAGUGCCAGGACACGGCAGAGGGGACCGCUGUGGCGGAGAAGGUGGUUUUUGGGGUGGAGAAGAACUCGACCUUCCUCGAGUGCGUGGCGCGCUCCCCGCAGAUCACGGUGCGGUGGCUGGUGCGGCGCGGCGAGGAGACAGCCCCGAGCGAGGUCAGGAACAACGGGCAUUUCUUGGUGCUGGAGCAAGGGCUGCUGAUCCGCCAGCUGGCGAGGGAGGACAUGGGCACCUACGAGUGCCAGGCGGUGGAGCGCUCCUUCUCCCGGCCCCUCACCCGGUACACCCUCCGCGUCGUCGGGCACGAGGCCACGGAGCUGCCACCGCACAAACGGAGCAAGGGGGUUGAGCCGGGAGGGACCCAUCAGAGCCCCCGGCCCCGGACUGACCUGCACCCGGGCUCCAAGGGCUUCCCGCGGGCCCUGGGGGCACCGGGCACCAGCCUGGACGCCUACUGCAAUGCCCUGCGGCUGCAGGAACGCCAGCGGCAGCGAGCCUGGCACAAGUGGCAGCACCCGUCCCCGGACAGCAAGAACGGCCGGGUGCGGAGACACCCGCAGCGCCCGUGA